AUGGCCAAUAUUUCUAAGCAUCCCAAAAUUUGUCUGCUUCUCCUCUAUUUGUUUUCUGCAGCAUUACUUGUACAAGGUGCCACAGGGUCCAGAAUUCAAAUGCAAUUUCCACAUCAUCAAAGAGGCUAUCAUAGUUUAUCAUCAGCAGGAGAGGAUUUAUAUUCAAGAAGAUCAUUGAUUGGAUCAGUGGCGCCUACUUGCACGUAUAAUGAAUGCAAAGGGUGCAAGUACAAGUGCAGAGCCGAGCAAGUUCCAGUCGAAGGGAAUGACCCAAUGAACAGUCCGUACCACUACAAAUGUGUGUGCCAUAGGUGA